UUUUUAGAAGACACAAGAUACAGUGGUAUCUUCCUUUUUUCUCGCUUUUAUUAUUUAAUUUUUUAUUUUAAAUUUAAUUUUUUAUGAAAUUGGUGAGGAUGUGAGCUAUUUUGGGAGGAGAGAGAGAAAUGUUGGCAGUGGUCGGAGGAGGAAAAGGUGCAAAAAUGGAGCAGGAAUUUGAUUCAAAGUUGAGGAUUCAAGAUGAAUCAUCCAACAAUGGCGGCCGAGGUGGAAGCGGUGGCGGAGGAGGUGGUGGUGGUGGUAAUGGCGGUGUUCAAAGAGGCAAGAGUUUUCAAUUCAGGGCUCCUCAGGAGAAUUUCACCAUUGAAGAUUUUGAAUUGGGGAAGAUCUAUGGCGUUGGUUCUUAUUCUAAGGUUGGAAUUCUGGUUGUGCGGGCAAGGAAGAAAGAUACAGGGGUCAUCUAUGCUUUGAAGAUUAUGGAUAAGAAGUUUAUCACUAAGGAAAACAAAACUUCUUAUGUGAAGUUGGAAAGAAUAGUUCUUGAUCAAUUAGAUCAUCCUGGCAUUGUGCAGCUGUUCUUUACUUUUCAGGAUACCUUUUCCUUAUAUAUGGCCCUUGAAUCCUGUGAAGGUGGGGAGCUUUUUGAUCAGAUAACCAGGAAAGGUCGUUUGCCCGAGGAUGAAGCUCGCUUUUAUGCUGCAGAAGUUGUGGACGCUCUGGAGUAUAUACAUGGUUUGGGUUUGAUACACCGUGACAUUAAGCCAGAGAACUUACUGCUUACCUCAGAUGGUCACAUCAAGAUAGCUGAUUUUGGCAGUGUGAAACCUAUGCAAGAUAGCAGUAUAACAGUCCUUCCAAAUGCUGCAUCAGAUGACAAGGCUUGCACUUUUGUGGGAACGGCUGCCUAUGUUCCUCCAGAGGUCCUGAAUUCUUCACCUGCAACAUUUGGAAACGAUCUUUGGGCACUUGGUUGCACCUUGUACCAGAUGCUUUCAGGGACAUCUCCUUUCAAAGAUGCAAGUGAGUGGUUAAUUUUUCAAAAAAUUAUUGCAAGAGACCUUAAGCUUCCAGAUUAUUUCUCGGAGGAAGCAAAGGACCUCAUUGAUCGUUUAUUGUCAAUAGAUCCUAGCGAAAGACCUGGUGCUGGACCUGAGGGGUAUGCUGUGUUAAAAAAUCAUCCUUUUUUCCGCGGAGUUGACUGGGAUAACUUAAGAGACAACCCCUCUCCAAAACUUGUCAGGGAACCUAUGGGUCAUUUUAGCGGGGCUGACAAUUCUCAGGAUCCGUGGAAUUGCACACAUGCCGGAGAUGGUACUGUAAAACUAAAUGAUGUGAACAGUGGUACUUCAUCAUUUAGUGAAGGAGCCGGUCACGUAACUAGGCUUGCAUCAAUUGAUUCUUUCGAUUCAAAGUGGCAACAAUUCUUGGAACCUGGUGAAUCUGUUCUCAUGAUCUCUAUGGUGAAGAAAAUGCAGAAGUUGUCGAGUAAGAAAGUGCAGCUUAUUCUUACCAACAAACCAAAGUUGAUUUACGUGGACCCGUCAAAGUUGGUAGUGAAGGGAAACAUUAUUUGGUCUAAUAAUCAGAAUGACUUGAAUCUUCAAGUCUCUAGUCCUUCUCAUUUUAAGAUAUGCACUCCCAAGAAAGUAAUGUCAUUUGAAGAUCCCAAGCAGAGAGCAUGGCAAUGGAAGAAAGCAAUUGAAGGACUUCAAAACCGAUGAAUCUUUUUUCACAGAGAUAAUUUUUUGUUUCUUUUGAAUAUAAUGUAAUACACAGGAAUCUGAGGAUCUUCAUGAAAGAUUUUAGUUGAAUAGAAAUUAUAAUAUUCCAAGAUCUGGCUGCCUCAAGGCAUGACGCCUGACCUCACCAUUAUAUUUACCGUCUUAUAAGGCUGUUUUAGCUGAAUUCA